AUGUUUUCGGGUAGCAGUCAUUAUGGAUCACCUACAAAUGGUCAGGAAUACUACCAGAAUCAACAGCUGCAACAACAUCAACAGCAACAACAGCAACAACAUCAACAGCAACAACAGCAACAACAACAACAACAAGCUGAUAGGACCAUGCGCCAGCCGGUGCCGAAGCCACCGGUAACUUCAUUCAGUAAGAAUUAUAUGAGGCAACAGAACUCUCAACCUUCGCUGCAUGGUCAACCACAGAAUGAAGCCAUUGGAUCGAUGCUUUCUGGUGGAUUUACAGACGUUCCCUCCUUGAACUAUCCAGCAACACCAGAAAAUAGCAGCAAUCAUGGCACACCUAAUCAAUUUACAAAUACACCUCCCCCUUCGGUUUCGGGUCUUUACAUGCACAAUAAUAAUUCUCGUAGCCAGAUUCAAAAUGGUACAGGAAUAAGUUCACCUUAUCAAAUUCAGCAACAACAACAGUCGCAGUUUUCACCUAGUCAAUAUUCUGCAGAAUCUGAUUAUAGUCAAAAUGCAGUUAAUCAUAGUGGAUCCAGUAGUCCUUUGCGUCACCCGCAACAGAUGAAUAUGUAUGGUUCUAGCCCUGUUAGAAGUAUCAGAAAUCAGCACGUAGUCCAGUCACAACAGUCUCCGGGUCAAGCCCAGGCACACCUUCAAGCACAAGCCCAAGCCCAAGCCCAAGCCCAAGCCCAAGCCCAAGCCCAAGCCCAAGCCCAAGCCCAAGCCCAAGCCCAAGCCCAAGCCCAAGCCCAAGCCCAAGCCCAAGCCCAAGCCCAAGCCCAAGCCCAAGCCCAAGCCCAAGCCCAAGCCCAAGCCCAAGCCCAAGCCCAAGCCCAAGCCCAAGCCCAAGCCCAAGCCCAAGCCCAAGCCCAAGCCCAAGCCCAAGCCCAAGCCCAAGCCCAAGCCCAAGCCCAAGCCCAAGCACAAGCACAAGCCCAAGCACAAGCACAAGCCCAAGCACAAGCACAAGCCCAAGCCCAGUCUGAAAUCCAAGCACAGCAGCAACAGAUAUCUCCUACACAUCAUUCUAAUUAUAUGUAUUUUGAGAGGAGACCAGAUCUGCUUACGAAAACUACACAGGACAAAGCUGCUGCGAUAAAGCUAAAAGUCGAAAAUUUUUAUCAAACGUCUGUUAAAUACGCCAUUGAAAGAAAUCAAAGACGUGUUGAAUUAGAAUCCGAGCUUACGCUACAGGACUGGUCUGAUGAAAGGAAAAAUAGAGAAUUGAGCUCUUUGGGUAAAAAAGAAUCUCAAUUUUUAAGAUUAAGAAGGACGAGGCUAUCCCUAGACGAUUUUCAUACCGUUAAAGUUAUUGGUAAAGGUGCCUUUGGUGAAGUAAGACUGGUUCAAAAGAAAGAUACUGGUAAAAUCUAUGCCAUGAAAACAUUACUGAAGUCCGAGAUGUACAAGAAAGAUCAGCUUGCUCAUGUAAAAGCUGAAAGAGAUGUUUUAGCUGGCAGUGAUUCUCCUUGGGUCGUCUCAUUAUAUUAUUCCUUUCAAGAUACCCAAUAUCUUUAUCUAAUUAUGGAAUUUUUACCUGGUGGAGAUCUCAUGACAAUGCUAAUCAGAUGGCAACUUUUUACAGAAGAUGUUACAAGGUUUUAUAUGGCGGAAUGUAUUCUUGCCAUCGAAGCUAUUCAUAAACAAGGAUUUAUUCAUAGAGAUAUCAAACCAGAUAAUAUUCUCAUUGACAUAAGGGGGCACAUAAAACUAUCGGAUUUUGGGCUUUCUACUGGUUUUCAUAAGACGCAUGACUCCAACUACUAUAAAAAAUUGUUACAACAAGAUGAAGAAAAUAGCAAACCUGGAACUCGGCCUGAAGAUCCUAUCAACAAUACUAAUGGCAAAAAGAAUAGUAAUAGACAGACAAUGUUUGUCGAUGCCAUCCAUUUAACAAUGUCGAAUAGACAGCAAAUUCAAACUUGGAGGAAGUCUCGUCGUUUGAUGGCUUAUUCAACAGUCGGUACCCCAGAUUAUAUUGCGCCUGAAAUUUUUCUCUAUCAAGGAUAUGGUCAAGAAUGUGAUUGGUGGUCUCUUGGUGCAAUUAUGUAUGAAUGUUUAAUUGGAUGGCCCCCAUUUUGUUCAGAGACUCCGCAAGAAACUUAUCGUAAGAUAAUGAAUUUUGAACAAACAUUACAAUUCCCUGAUGACAUACACAUAUCAUAUGAAGCAGAAGAUCUGAUCAGGAGGUUACUAACUCAUUCGGAUCAAAGACUUGGUAGACAUGGUGGGGCGGAUGAAAUCAAAAGCCACCCAUUCUUCCGCGGUGUGGAUUGGAAUACAAUAAGACAGGUCGAGGCGCCAUAUAUCCCCAAACUAAGUUCGAUCACAGAUACAAGAUUUUUCCCAACAGAUGAGCUGGAGAAUGUACCUGACUCACCAGCAAUGGCUCAAGCCGCAAAGCAAAGAGAACAGAUGAUUAAACAAGGUGUCAAUACAAACAACAAUGGCAGUGCACCAGUAAAGGAGGAUUUGCCAUUCAUUGGUUACACUUACUCAAGAUUCGAUUAUUUGACAAGGAAAAAUGCAUUGUGA